AUGACCACCAAAACCGAAGCAGCAACCUACACACACGGCCAUCAUGCCUCAGUAAUCCGCAGCCACAGCGCCCGCACGGCCAAAAACAGCGUCUCCUUCCUCCUCCCACACCUAAAGCCGAGCAUGAAAAUCCUCGACAUAGGCUGUGGGCCGGGAAGCAUCACCGUCGAUCUGGCCGAGUACGUACCUCAGGGUCACGUAACGGGGCUGGAGCGCGCGGGUACGAUCUUGACGCAAGCCCGUGAAUUAGCAUCUGCCCGUGGAGUGACGAAUAUCGAAUUCGUCGAGGGGGAUGGGAAUGGUCUUCAGUUUGACGAUGGGUCUUUUGAUGUCGUGCUUUGUCAUCAGGUUUUGCAGCAUGUUGCCGACCCCGUGGGCGUAUUGCAGGAAAUGAAUCGUGUCACUAAGAGUGGCGGUAUUAUUGCGGCUCGCGAGGCGGAUUAUGGGGUUUUCGCUUGGUAUCCUGAAUUACCUGGAUUGAGGGAGUGGCAGGGGUUGUAUGAUCAGAUUGCGAGGUUUAAUGGCGGCGAGCCCAACGCGGGACGCUUCUUGCAUGUCUGGGGUAGAAAGGCGGGAUUGGAUGAUUUGGCAGGAGAGGGCGUUGAAGAGCAGUUUUUCAUCGACAGCCUUGGAGGGAGGCCUGGCGACUGGGGAGGAUCUGGAGAGGGUUUCGAAGUCUUGGAAAGAGUGGGGGGGGAGGAUCAGGAUGCUUGGUUGUCUAUUCCUAGUGCUGAGAUUUUGUCGUUUAAGAAAUAG